AUGGCUGCCACUCUGGAGCCUGGCGAGCCUGGGAAGGGGAAGCCGUUUAAGCUCCGAGGAAUCUUAGAUGUUGCAAACGUUCCCUGUGCUUGGGAUUCGGUGUUAUAUGGUUCGUUAGGCUCUGUUGUGGCUGGCCUUGGACAUUUUUUGUUAACUAGUAGAAUUAGAAGAUCAUCUGAUGUUGGAGUAGGAGGACUUAUCUUGGUGACUUUAGGAUGCUGGUUCCAUUGCAGGUAUAAGUAUGCAAAGCAAAGAAUCCAGGAAAGAAUUGCCAGGGAAGGAAUUAAAAAUAAGAUACUAUAUGAAAGCACCCACCUUGAUCCUGAAAGAAAACAAACCAACAGCGACAGCAGCAAUGAAGCAAUCUUGAGCAUAGGAAACCAAACACAACACCCUGAUGUCAAUGUGAACAAAGCUGAUAUUAAUCACUUAAACACUUUAUGUACAAACUUUAAAAAUAUCCUUCCCAGUCGAAACGUCGGACCGAUUUCGCGAACACCAUCCGGCGUGGUCAACAUGGCGGCGGCCGCAGGGCGCCUCGGCAGCGGUAAGGCCGGGCGUCGUCUUGCGGGGAAGCGGCUCCGGCGCGGAAUGUCCUGUUGCAGCGGAGUGCAAACCGGGCUGUUUGAGGCGCGUGUCUGCUGUGGGUGCUCCACGUGCCUCGUGCUCUUUCUGAGCUUUAGGUUCUCCAGAGGGUCCUACUACUUACAAGCGACCUUGUCGGGGAUCUCACUCCGUUCUGGAACCGUUCACGGCGGGGGGCGCGGGGAAGGGGAUGCACGUUGA